AUGACAUGUUUCAUGCCAGGGCUGUCCCCGGGCACCCAAUUCAACAUCUCGCUUCAUUCCUGGAAGACACCUGACAUCAGCCAGUUCACUAGAAGCUACAGCAAGCAUCCAGAAUUAGUCAAGUUCGAGGCACGAGUCUUGAUCGAUGGCCGUCUAGUCGCUUCGUCAGCAUUAACCCGCACUGGCCCGUGGCCUCAGUUGAUCAACCAUAGCUUUGAGUUCACCAAGAAUGGCGACCUAGAAACUCUCAGGUUCCCCCCAUUCCGCAGCGAAGUUCUCCAGCAAAGCUACUGGAGCCCGGCAGACGAAAUGGGAAGAAUUAAAAUUGUCAUUAGCGAGGGGUUUCCGAGGGACUCUCUUACUGUUCCUAUCGAACGGGUCAAGAAUGUUGUGGCAUUUUCGUUCCAACACGCCCCUCUUGAUAUUCUAGAGAGCUCGGGUAUUGCGUGGCCGAAUCCCGGGAUGUGGCGGCGCACCCCUUUCAACCCUACUAUGCCUGUUCCGACACAACGCCACGAGGACGGUCCGGACGCCCAUAUCCACUCCCCUCGUCGUCGGACGACGAGUUACAUGAAAGGAACAUCGAAUUCAUCUGGGUACAAUCCUGGCCCUCCAGGGCUAAUACAGGCAAACUCCAAUGGCUUGUUGAGCUCUAUGCCUAAUACCCAGGCAUUGUUACAGCGUAACGAAACCGGAUCUGGAUCUGGAUCUGGAUCUGGAUCCUCCUGGGCAGAUCCCUUCAGUACGCAGAAAUCCGAAGCUACUGCUUGCUUCGACUGGGCGAACAGUGAUUUCGGGCCCAUAGGAUUCAACCAGACCACCAACAGCGGCAAGUCUAACUGUAACUAUGCUUCCAUUCGCAGGAGUACCGGCAUAAGCAAGGCAUCACGCUCUGAUAUGAGCAUACCUGACUACGGUUUGAGCAAUUCGAACACUGCCCACGGCAUAUCGGAUCAUCAGUUUUUAAACCUCUCAACGUCUAAUCUUGGAGAUGUGGAUACUGCCACUCAUAAUCCCAAAGUGCCAUCCAAUACACCAACUACUUUGGCUGGGACAAAUUUCAUUGACGAACUUAAUAUAGACGUGAGCAAGAUCGGUACGCCCGGAGGUAUCUCAGCCCAUUCUCUCAAUAGUCAUAUUGCUCCUUCACAAAGUGACUGGGACGUCAAUGUAGCGAAUGAGACUGACAAGUAUUCCACUAUAGGCACAUCAAUGAACGACUUUUUCAACUCUAGCCACGCCAACUUCUCGUCCGAGCUCGCAAAUUCUCUUACACAUUCAUUGUUGAAUCAGCCACAUCCGCUUCCUGUCCAUACCGGAAGCAUUGCGCCGCCGGCUCCUGAAGUGAAGUCGCGCAAGGAGAAUCGUCUUCACCAGGACUCCCCGAAUGAAAAUGCAUCAAUCAUAGACCACGUCGAGAUGCGUAAGGUAUCGCAGCCCUCGUUCUGCAGUCUUGGUAAGGAAACCCAGGACAACAGCUCAAACAAUUCUCCUCCCAGCCAGGGCACAUUCUCGGGAGUGUUCUCUCAUCGAUCCACGUCGACAGCUGACUUUGGUAAUGACCUCACCAACUGCACCAAUAUCUUUCAACACUCAAAUGGAGACUCGCAUAUAUGUGGCGACGCAGCUCCAGAGAUCCGUAUCACAGGUUGCCCCGACAAGGGCAUCAAGCGCACUCGUCACUUCACGUCAGCUAGUGGCAAAGUGAUUGAUGAUAGCAUCGAGGCGUUAACCAACACCCCCCAAGUCCAAAUCGAUCUUGACGAGCCAUUCGGGGUGCCAAUGUAGCCAAAAUCCCCCCGAGUGCAUUCACAAUAACACCCUAAUUUUGGAAGAUCAUUGAAUAUUCAUCUGAUUAUUGGAC